AUGAAGCGUCUGUGCUGUCAGUAUGGACAAGUGAAGCGUCUACGCUGUGAGUAUGGACAAGUGAAGCAUCUACACUGUGAAUAUGGACAAGUGAAGUGUCUAUGCUUUGAAUAUGGACAAGUGAAGGGUCUAUGCUGUGAAAAUGGACAAGUGAAGCAUCUACACUGUGAAUAUGGACAAGUGAAGGGUCUGUGCUGUGAACAUGGCCAAGUGAGGCGUCUAGGCUGUGAAUAUAAACAAGUGAAGCAUCUGUGCUGUGAAUAUGGACAAGUGAAGCGUCUGUGCUGUGAAUAUGGACAAGUGAAGCAUCUACGCUGUGAAUAUGGACAAGUGAAGUGUCUAUGCUGUGAAUAUGGACAAGUGAAACAUUUACACUGUGAAUAUGGACAAGUAGAGCGGAAGCAUCUACUAUGUGAAUAUGAACAAGUGAAGUGUCUAUGCUGUGAAUAUGGACAAGUGAAGCAUCUACACUGUGAAUAUGGACAAGUGAAGAGUCUGUGAUGUGAAUAUGGACAAGUGAAGCGUCUACUCUGUGAAUAUGGACAAGUGAAGCAUCUGUGCUGUGAAUAUGGACAAGUGAAGCAUCUAUACCGUGAUAUGGACAAGUGA